GAGUGGUGAAUAUUCUGACAUUCGGGCAUGUAACUUUUUUUUCAUAUCACGAUUCAGUCGAUCUACACUACGUCGUGUGUAUUGUUUAUUUUCAUUUAAAAGCAUUUAAUUCAAUAAAUCUCCUGUUGUUCAGUGUCGUGAGAGAGUUCAUCAAGAUCCAGAGAUAAUGUUAACCGUUCGUCUAUGCGAAUAAAUGCAUUAAAAUUGACACAAAUUAGAUUUGACUUAAACUGCAAUGUCCAGUGAUUUUGUAUCGCGAUUUUGUUUAUAAUUAUAAUGAUUAUGUUAUGCAAACAGACUGUUGGUAAAAGAAAAACCUACGACACACAAUAAACAAUAAACCGUGUGAUGUUUGGCUAUAUUGAGUAGACUUUUUUUUGUAAAUUGUUUUGUUUUGGGUGUUGUGCAAUUUUUCAAGAGUUAUUUAUUUGCGUUACGGUGUGCGCUAAACUACGCCCCCAUUUCUAAUUUGCAUAAAUUAAAACUGGUGAACAUAAACUUGAUUUCUGCAUUGUUCCAUUGGCCUGCUGGAGCCAAUAUUAUAAUUUUCCCGACGAAUUAUUUGCAUAUUCAUACCCUGUAGACCGUUGAUAUCCAGUUCUCCCGUCAGCACAUUAAGUAUCGACAAAUUGACGCGCAAUGGAUCCGGUUUCGCCGCAAACCAACCAAUCUGUAAAUGAGUCACAACAAAAAACAAAAACAUCAACACAAGAUCCAUAUUUGAAUGGCAGUUCUGCACGCUAUACUGAUGGAGACAAUGCAAACCGAAGUAAAUCGAAUGACGUCAAGCGAAAGAAAUCGAAAAACACAUCAUCAGCUUCGGCAAAUAAUGCAUACACCGGCGCCAAUAUGAAAAACUAUAAUUUAGAUGAAUGGCUGGAGAGCUCGUUUCGAAACAGUUUUAGCAAUUUUAACGCGGACGGCUAUGUUCCGCCGAAUGUUAGCGGAGGAAAUUCUCAUGGAAAUAAACCAUUUGUACCUGAUCAGAUGCAUAGUCGUUAUUUAAAGUAUAUGAUGCCAAGUACACAACCGUAUCAACAUCCUUCAACGUCCAGUACACCAUUUGGCAGACCAACGUUCAACAAUCAUUCCGAUUUCGCAAGUCUACCGCCCGUUGUCAAUUUGAACAACUUAAAUCAACGCUCCGAUUCGAACGAACUUUUAGAUGGAAUGGAACAACGAAGAUUUAGCGAUCCCUGUUUGGCCGGUAACUCUGAUAACGAUUCACCGAAUAGUGAAGAAAAUUCGCAAAAGCACACAUCGACGAAAGGUGAUAACAGCAAAUUGUUCAAGACAUUACUGGAACAGAUUCACAUUUUGCACGAAACGAAUUCGAAAAUUUGUCGAAAUCUUCAUGAAAAUAUGGUUGAUAUACAAGCAUUGAAACACGCACCAAGUUGGGGCUUAAGACACCGUAGAGAAAGCCUCAGUGGGCUUAGCACACACAGUCAACCAAUGGGUUAUUUUGGUACUAAUAGCCCAGCACCCACAUAUCAUUCAGGUAUGUACACACCGGGAAUGAUGACAGAUGUUGUUAGAGAGGUAAAAGAAGCGGCUCGCGUCAGAGAAGAUGCGUUAUUAAGCCGUGUUCGAGCUAUUGUCGAUGAACGAUCUUGGUCGACCGAUGUUAACAUGAAGUUGUGCCGUGAUUUAGAGGAGAUGAAGAUUCAAUUCAAUGUAAUGCGAGCUGAACGAAACGAAACCAAUGCCAGAAUGUUAAAAAUGGAAGACGAAAUCAAAUCGUUGCGUUCUGCACUGUCACAUGUGUUGAAUAGUGGAUCCCGCCAAAAUGUUGCCUAUCCACACCAUUCACCAUCGUUUAACGAACGUGAUUUUUCCCAUUCAUCUGUACGAUCCGGCGAACGGCAUACGAGGCGAUAUUUAAACAUUGACCAUCCAGUGUCAGCGAAUGAAAAUGAUAUUUUGUCGCCAUUGAAUCCCUUGCCGCAUGACAGCCGAAGUGCAGAGAAAUUGCAAUACGUACCUGGGUAUCUAGAAAAUGUACAUUUAAAUGGUCACGCCAACGGAGGCGCGUAUUGCGUACCGGAAAGCGAAGCCAACGACAGUGAUAUUAUGCAGAUGGAAAAGGAAACAUUGAAACUGAGACAGGAGCUGCAGGAUAUGAAGGACAGUAAACAGAAAGCCGAUUCAAAGAUUCAAGAUCUCGAGCAUACCGUCAAGUCUCUACAAAAUAAGAUGUCCCAAGGUGACACCGUUCCAAAGACUUUCGACCAUGGCCCGUCGACCGCCAAUAGCCGUAAAUCAACCGAAAACGGAUCGCAAUCACAAGGUAAAUUGCAAACUUUGUCACAUAUUCAAACGAAGUCACCGAAAAUGUUGACAACCAGUUCGAUUACCGUUACAGGACCGGUAACGGAUCUUUAGUGGUUAUGGUAUUCUUUAAUAUUUUGUUUGAUUUUUGGCAUAAUUAGCUACUACUUAUAACCGUUAUUGCUCAAUCAUUCGAUUUAGAUUUUACUAAAACGGAGAGAAAAUAUUUUUUUACAUUUUUUUGUUGUUGAAUUUGAAAGUCUGAGCUGAGGGUCUGAUCAAGGUAUGAAUUGAAGUUGAAAUUGAGUAUACUAAACGAAAACGAAUUUUAGGUUUUCUCCAUCGAAAUGGAUUAUCGUUGUGGUUUGUGGAGAUCGUUAGCUACGCAUUGUGUUCAAUUUUAUACGGACUGAAGUGAAUGAAUGAGAGAGUCGAGCGAAAUCUUCUAUCACCGAACAAUAAUCUAUUUCGAUGCGAAGAGACACUCGAUGCGCCAACUUAAUAUCAAAAAACAAAUAAUUGUAAAUUGUGCCAUUUUUCGUCGAUAUGUGCAACCCAGUCCAUCAUUUUUCUUUAUGUCAAUAAAAUACUUUCAUAUUUGACUAAUCAGUGUCGAAAAGUCAAAACGAUUUUUCCAUACUAUAGUUGGAUGGCGUAAGGUCGGGUGUUUUGCAUGCGUGAAGCAUAACAUGAAUGGCUUUUUAUCGUUGAAUGAAUGAAAAAAAUGCCCGUCACGAAUAAGAAUCAACAUCCAACGGAACGGAACUUUGUUUCGUGAGUCCAUUUUACGAUUUA